AUGCGGCUGGGCCGCCGGGCCCUCUGUGUGCUGGUCCUGCUGCUCGCCUGCGCCUCGCUGGGGCUCCUGUACGUGAGCACCCGGGACGCGCCGGGCCUCCGGGCACCUCUUGCGCUGUGGGCGCCCCUGCAGGCUCCCCCAAGACCAGAACUGCCAGACCUUGCGCCCGAGCCCCGCUAUGCACACAUCCCGGUCAGGAUCAAGGAGCAAGUGGUGGGGCAGCUCUCUGGGAACAACUGUAGUUGUGAGUCCAGUGGAGGGAGCCUUUACCUCCCCUUCCAGAGGCAGGUUGGAGCCAUUGACUUCACCAAGGCCUUUGACCCUGAGGAGCUGAGGGCUGCCUCAGCCUCCAGGGAGCAGGAGUUCCAGGCCUUCCUUUCCAGGAGCCAGUCUGCUGCGGACCAGCUGCUCAUAGCCCCUGCCAACUCCCCUCUUCAGUACCCCCUGCAGGGUGUGGAGGUCCAGCCCCUCCGGAGCAUCUUGGUGCCAGGGCUGAGCCUGCAGGCAGCUUCUGGUCAGGAGCUUUACCAGGUGAACCUGACCGCCUCCUUAGGCACCUGGGAUGUGGCAGGGGAAGUGACUGGAGUGACUCUCACUGGAGAGGGGCAGCCAGAUCUCACCCUCACCAGCCCAGGGCUGGACCAACUCAACCGGCAGCUUCAACUGGUCACUUAUAGCAGCCGAAGCUACCAGGCAAACACAGCAGACACAGUCCGGUUCUCCACGGAGGGACAUGAGGCUGCUUUUACCAUCCGCAUAAGACACCCCCCCAACCCUCGGCUGUACCCAUCUGGGUCUCUACCCCAGGGAGCCCAGUACAACAUCAGCGCCCUGGUCACCAUCGCUACUAAGACCUUCCUGCGUUACAAUCGGCUACGGACACUCAUCGCCAGCAUCCGCCGCUUCUACCCAACGGUCACCGUGGUCAUCGCCGACGACAGCGACAAGCCAGAGAGCAUUAGCGGCCCCCACAUCGAGCACUAUCUCAUGCCUUUUGGCAAGGGCUGGUUCGCAGGCCGGAACUUGGCCGUAUCCCAAGUAACCACCAAGUACGUCCUGUGGGUGGACGACGACUUCGUCUUCACGGCGCGGACGCGGCUGGAGAGGCUUGUGGACGUGCUGGAGCGGACGCCGCUGGACCUGGUCGGCGGCGCUGUGCGCGAGAUCUCCGGCUUCGCCACCACCUACCGGCAAAUGCUGAGCGUGGAGCCCGGCGCGCCGGGCCGCGGGAACUGCCUCCGGCAAAGGCGCGGCUUCCACCACGAGCUCGUCGGCUUUCCAGGCUGCGUGGUCACGGACGGCGUGGUCAACUUCUUCCUGGCGCGCACCGACAAGGUGCGCGAGGUCGGUUUCGACCCACGCCUCAGCCGCGUGGCGCAUCUCGAAUUCUUCCUGGAUGGGCUUGGUUCCCUUCGAGUGGGCUCCUGCUCAGACGUCGUUGUGGAUCAUGCAUCUAAGCUGAAGCUGCCUUGGACAUCAAAGGAUGUGGGGGCAGAGACUUACGCCCGGUACCGUUACCCAGGAUCACUGGAUGAAAGUCAGGUGGCCAAACAUCGCCUACUCUUCUUCAAACACCGGCUGCAGUGCAUGACCUCGGAAUGA